AUGCCUGGAAACAUCAGAUCAGUGUCCUUUGCCUGGAUGGUGUUGGUCUAUCUGUUGUUCUGCAGCAGACGGGCCAGCGUUGGGGCAGCACCCAUCUGUGCCAAUGCCCAGGCUGGGUGCCACGUCCUCUCCCUGGCCAACCUGUUUGACCGGGUCAUCCAACACUCAGCCAGGACGCACAGCAUUUCAAACGACCUCCACUCCGAGUUUGAGCAGUACUUUCUGCCCAGUAAGAAUCACAUCGGCCGGGUCAGUCGCAACUGUCACACCUCCAGCAUCCUCACCCCAAAUGGCAAGGACAACGCUCAGAGAAUGGCGAGGGAGGAGCUGACGGAGGUGAUCCUGAAGCUCCUGGUGGCAUGGAGGGAUCCUCUGUGGCAUUUCCAUCAGAACAUGGCCCACCACCACGACUUCAACAACUUCAGCUCCAAUAAAGCCCUCGAGAUGAGCGACAUGGUGCACGAGCUACGCAAAGGUGUGGAGAAAGUGGCUGAGAAGAUGCAGGUGUUGGGGAUAAUAAGCAACACCGUCAGCAGCCUGGCGUCUCCUGAGGCUUCGUUGCCGUCCGACAGCGCCGAGUGGCGCCUGAUGAAAGACUACAACCUCCUGUCCUGCUUUCGCCGAGACUCCAACAAGGUCCAGAACUACCUGAAGAUCCUCAAGUGUCGCAUCGUUCCAGAGCACGGAUGCUAA